AUGCCUGAGGAUGCAUUAAAUUUCACUCAGAAACUAGAUCAUUUCGAUGCUUCUUCUCAAGAAACGUUUAAUCAAAGAUAUUACAAAAUAACGAAAAAUUCAACCGCAAAUGUUUCUGCAUUAUUUUUCUAUAUAGGUGGUGAAGCUCCGUUGAUAGGAAAGAGAAUGCUUAGUCUUGCUCCUGUUGAUCUUGCCGAAAAAAAUAACGCAGUUCUUUUUGGUUUAGAGCACCGCUUCUUCGGAAACUCAGCACCUACAAAUCUUACAAUCGAAAACCUCAAAUAUUUAACAAUUGAACAAGGUCUUGCCGAUCUUGCUCAUUUUAUCAACGCAAUGAAGCAAGAUUAUGAUCAUACUGUACGUAUUGGCGUAAUCGGUGGUUCUUAUCCAGGUGCACUAUCUUCCUGGUUCCGCCUUUUAUAUCCACACCUUGCAGACGUUUCUUGGGCUUCAUCAGCUCCUGUCGAAGCUAAGAACAACUUUACAGAAUACGACUAUCACUGCUACGAAGCAAUUACAUCUGUUGGUGGCGACAAAUGCUCUGAAAAUACAAGAAAAGCAUUUCAAUACCUUGAAACAGAAGAUUACAACGAAGUUGCAAAGAAAUUCAUCGGUAAUGAUACUCCUCCUGAGGACCAUGCCACUCUUUACUACAUGGUUGCUGAUACAAUCGCUACUCCAGUUCAAUACAAGAGAUCUUCAGAAAAUUUAACAUAUUUAUGCGAUUUAAUGAAUAAACUUCCAGAAAAGGCCACGAAAACGGAAUAUAUCGACGUACUUGCUAAAGUUACUAAGGAAAUCCUCCAAGGAGAGUCAAUUUGGGAUUCUGAUCUUACACAAUACACAGAUGUAUCAAUAGACGCUCCCACAAAGGAUGGCAGAGCAUGGACAUGGAUGACAUGCAACCAGGUUGGCUGGUUCCAGACUGCUUCCGGUAAAUUAAGAUCAGAUUCGAUAAAUCUUGAAUAUUUCGACAGAGUCUGCCGUAAAUUAUUCAACAGAGGAAUUCCUAAUGACAAAUUGACCAAUCAGAGGUUCGGAGGAAAGAAUGCCAGAGGAACUUCAACUUAUUUCAUUAAUGGAGCUGUAGAUCCAUGGUCUACAAUGUCCAUAACAACAGAAGAUAGAUCAAUCAACAGAUUAGUUAAGGUUAUCCCUAAUUCUUACCAUUGUGACGAUUUAUAUCAAAAUGUCACCGGAGAAGUAUUAGAAGCACAACAACACGUCUUCAACUUCACUUCAAAUAUCCUCAAAGGACGCAAAUGCAACCAUGAAGGAGGCUACGAAGUCCUUGGAAACUGCAUUUGCAAAGAAGCCUACGCUGGCGAGUUCUGCGAGAUCAGUGUUCCAACAAGAGAACACUUUAAAGUUGUUACAGUGGCGUCGGUUGUUGUACCUACGUUUUUGCUUCUUAUUAUCGGUGGUAUUGUAUGGGUUUGCGGAAAGAAGGAAGAUAGUGACUUUGGAGCACGCCCAGCUUUAUAUACUUAA